AUGCCCAGAGUCGACUUCAUCAGUAUCCAACUGGACUGCUUCUUGGCCCGGACAAAAUGCCGUGUUGCAUUGGAACAACAGCGUGACGCAACAGAUCCUCUCGGGACAUUUUCCAACCUGAAAAUCUGCUCAAGAUUGCAUUCUUCAUGGUCUCUGUCACCUGCAACUCCCCUCUUGCAUCAAAAAAUCGCCCAGCAUUUUGCCUUUUCCCGCCAUCAAUCCCUUCAUUUGGUGCUUAUUUCCUUCAAUGUUCUCUUAAGCUCCUCCGUCAUCUCUACGACCCACCGCUUACUGCAAGCAUCUCGGUCGUUGACGGCCUUGACCUCAUCAGGUAUGGGCGCACCUCCAGUAUCCUAUGGCGUGCUCCUCUACCCCGGAUUCGGGGUUCUCGACAUCGCCGGUCCCCUCGAGUGUCUCAACACACUCGCCGAGUGCCUGCCCGGCGCCAAACUGACUCUCUCCGUCAUCGGUCGCCCAGUCCACACCGACCGCCAAGUACCCAUGAGAUUAUCACCCGCCAACCUCAACGAGGGGCCGCCUCGCUCCAAGCCCACCAACGGCUUCCACUUAAAAGCCUCGCAAUUCCAUCUCCCCACGCACACCUUCGACACAGCACCCCCGCUGGACGUUUUGGUCCUUGGCGGCGGGCUCGGCAGCCUCCCAACAGACCAGGUCGAGCCCGAAAUCAGCUUUCUAAAAGCCGUCUUCCCGUCACUCAAGUACCUCUUCACCGUGUGCACGGGCUCCGCCAUGGCAGCCAGGGCAGGCCUGCUGGAUGGUCUCCGCGCCACGUCCAACAAUGCCGUCUGGAAACAAGUCGUCGAGUGCGGCCCCAAGACACACUGGGUGGCGCGCGCGCGUUCGUCGUGGCCGGCAAGACAUGGGCCGGACCCUUUGAAUGAUCCGUUUGCUGAUGUCUUUGGCGCACACGAUGUGCUCCCCAAAGCGUAG